GAUAGCCCACCCUGGCGCCCACACUCCUGUCUGUGUUCACCUCCAGGCUUGGCCGCUCCAGGUCGCAGUCUCCUCAGCCAGGCUCGCCGUCUCUCUCAUCCUCGGCCCUCCCCAUGGGCCAACAGCAGUCCAAGAAACAUCGCAAGGGCGGAAAGGAGAGCAGUGCGGACUCCAACACGUCGCCCGAUCCCGCAGGCAACGACGACAACUCUCGCCAGAACGCGCAUGCUCGGACAACCGCGCCAGACACAGCCAACGGCUCCGCCACUUCCCCACAUACUGAGGGUAACCCGGAUAUCACUGUCAGUCAACCUGACGCUGGCGGGGCGCUGCAGAAUGGGCACGGUAAUGGUUCAGAUACCCAUACUUCCCCGAACCCAACCUCUGCGCCGAAAGACAUUCCUUCCACUUCCUCUGGACCCUCGACAUCCCCAUCCACCUCGCCGCAUACGCACUCGAAGCCUCCCCCUUUGGAUAUACCAGGACAGACGAUUCUGACCACGUCCAGCUCACCAUAUCCCACACCAGGCUCGACGAGCAGCUUCAACAUCGACCCCGUCGCCAUGUCCAAUGGUGGCAAGAAUGGCUUAUCCCUGAAACCGCUCGACAUUGAUGACAUGAUCCAACGGCUGCUCGACGUCGGCUACACGGGCAAAGUGAGCAAGUCGCUGUGUCUCAAGAACACGGAGAUCACUGCGAUAUGCCAAGCGGCACGCGAGGUCUUCCUGAGCCAGCCGACGCUCAUCGAGCUUUCCCCGCCGGUGAAGAUCGUUGGGGACGUGCACGGGCAAUACUCGGACCUCAUCCGACUGUUCGAAAUGUGCGGUUUCCCUCCAGCCGCCAACUACCUCUUCCUGGGCGAUUAUGUCGACCGAGGGAAGCAGAGCCUCGAAACGAUCCUGCUCCUCCUUUGUUACAAAAUCAAGUACCCCGAGAACUUCUUCCUGUUGCGGGGCAACCACGAAUGCGCAAAUGUCACACGAGUGUACGGCUUCUACGACGAGUGCAAACGAAGAUGCAACAUCAAGACCUGGAAGACCUUCAUUGACGUCUUCAACUGCCUACCCAUUGCCGCUAUCGUUGCCUCGAAGAUAUUCUGCGUGCACGGCGGCCUCUCACCAUCCUUACACUCAAUGGACGACAUCAAACGCAUACAGCGACCGACAGACGUUCCAGACUAUGGCUUACUGAACGACCUGCUAUGGUCGGACCCCUCCGACACAGCAGCUGACUGGGAAGACAACGAGCGUGGCGUCAGUUACUGCUUCGGGAAGUCGGUCAUCAAUGACUUCCUGGUGCGAUACGAUAUGGACCUCAUCUGCCGUGCACAUAUGGUUGUGGAGGAUGGGUACGAGUUCUGGAACGACCGGACACUGGUAACCGUCUUCAGUGCACCGAACUACUGUGGCGAGUUCGAUAAUUAUGGAGCGUGCAUGAGCGUAUCGGAAGAGCUCCUAUGUGCAUUCGAACUUCUCAAACCCCUGGACGGCCCAGCACUACGGAAGGAGAUGACGAAAGCAAAACGGAAGACCUUGAUGGCAACCACGACCUAACUAAAUAAGCUCAUUGGAGGCAGUCCAUAUACGAUUAUAAUUGCUGGACCGUUGGGCUAUGGUUAUGGUAUGAACUCCUCAGGUUGAUGCGCGGUCACGCCGUGCAGGUGUGUCAAGGUGGCGGUGCAUCUGAACCUCAGGCCUGUUUAGACCUCUGUCCUACCCUUCCGCACCCCUUUGGCAACGCGACUUGCAUACCAUCCGCGCACGCCUGCUUGCUGUACCCGACUUGUGCUAACUUAAACCUAUCUCUCCCUAUCACCCUCCCCGCUUUCCCCUCUCCUGUUCGCAACCCUGGCUACUGGUGUUCGCAUUCACUGGCAUCCGGACCUUCCUGUGUACGAUAUCGGCGCGCAUAUAUCGACCUGUUUUGGGCUUGGGCAUCCAUUCGCACCGUCAUAUCACUCCGUCUCCUUGCUUGU